AUGGAGAUUCCAACUGAGUCUGAUGGAUCAUUUACUCACUUUCAACUCGCAGUCGUCUCAAUCUUAAUCAUCAUCUCAUUCUUCUUCUUUCUAUCAAUCGCGGAAUGGAUAUCUGCGAAAAUCAUCCGAGCCGGAAUCAUUGGCCAGAUCGCGGUGGGGAUCAUCUAUGGAAAACCUCUUGCCAAUAUUCUGGAACAUAACUGGCAGGAGACAUUUCUCGCCGUUGGCUACGUAGGGCUGAUCUUGAUCAUCUUCGAGGGCGGUCUACAAGUGAGGCUGGAUCUCUUAAAACAGAACUUCCUUCUUAGUGUCCUCGCGGCUGCCACUGGUGUAUGUUUUCCAAUUGGUCUUUCGUACCUGUUGCUUUAUCUCGGAUACGGAUAUGGCGCAGUGGAAACUUUCAUCAUUGGAGCGGCGCUCUCGGCUACCUCGCUGGGUACGACUUUCUCGGUCAUCUCGUCGGCUUCGGAAGCAAUCGACCUAUCCCAGACCCGAGUCGGAUCGGUGCUUGUCAGUGCUGCCGUUAUCGACGAUGUCGUGGGCCUUGUAUUAUCCAGCGUGAUCGGAGACUUGAAAGAGCUCUCGGGACCUAAUGCCGGAAAUGUCAAUCUUGGCUGGAUCAUCGGCCGUCCGAUCGUGGCAUCCGCAGCCAUGGCGAUUCUCACCCCCGUCUUCACUAAAUGGAUCUUUGCCCCCUUUUUCCGGCGCUUCAUCGAACACAAAUUUGCCAAAUUCGAUCACAUCUCCAACAUUCUCUUGAUGGUCUUUGUUCUGUCGGCAUUUAUCAGUAUUGCGGCAUAUGCGGGAACCUCGGUGCUCUUUGGGGCUUUUCUUGCCGGGACAUUCUUGACAUACCUGCCGAGCAAGCAUCCCGACGGUCCCUUUGUGGUGAUGAGCCGCGAAGAAGGGGAGCAGAAUGCCCUGAAGAGCCCUACUUUCACCCACACGUUCGAGUUGUACCUCUUUGACACGCAGAAAUAUCUCAUGGAACCGCUGUUCUUUGCGAGUAUCGGAUUUGCAAUCCCUUUUGUGUCGCUGUGGACGGGGAAGCGCAUCUGGAGAGGCAUUCUGUUUACCUUGCUCAUGGCGUUCGCAAAGUUUAUCGUCGGCAUGUGGAUUCCUUGCUGGAGAUCCUUCGGGGGGGUGAAGGGUCGCUCGGGCACAGCCGGCGCCACCACACCGGCCGAUGAAAAGAAUGUCGGAUAUGGCCCAGCGUCUCUUGCGGGUCUGCUACUUGGCUCGGCGAUGGUGGCGAGGGGGGAGAUCGGUCUCCUCAUCAUUGAAAUCGGAUACAAUGAAACAAACUACGUAAGUGAAGAAGGCCUCAUCACUGCUGUCUGGGCCAUUCUCUUGAAUACCAUCAUCGGCCCUGUCGUUGUGGGUAAUCUGGUCAAAUACAAAGGAAAGCGUAUCGGCGAGGGCGAAUGGGGUCUACAGACACAGAAUCCACCGCUAUUAACGGAGUCAAACGGACAUCGAGAAGUAUGA